AUGCUAUUUAAAUAUGUCACCAUAAUUCUUUGGUUAAUUAUACAAUUAUCCGCUUCUUUAAUGUGGUGUCAAAUUGGAAAAGAGAUAAUUCAAUGUAACACAACGACUUUAAACACGAAGUGUGUUAACACAAUAUUUACUAUUAAUAUAGAUGUAAUGUAUAUUAGAAAUACUUCAAAUGUUUACAUUAUUUGUAAAGAUAUUAAACAAUUUAAAUUUAAUUGUGAUGAAAAUUUGAGAUAUCUUAAUGUGGAUUUUAAUGAAACAGAAUUGGUUUUUUAUUCCAAUAAUUUCCACGUUCAAAAAGUUAAUGAAAAAUGUUUUGAUUUAUAUUCAAAACAAUUUAAAAACACAACAAAACAUACAAUAAAAACUAUAGGCGCUUAUUGUUCUGUUAAUAAUUGUGAAACUUGCUAUUUUACUGAUCGUACCAAAUGUCAAACGUGUUUUUCAAAUUUUUCUUUAAUCAACAGUACUACAUGUAGACCUUGUAACGAUUUUUCUAAUUGUGAAACGUGUUCAUCAACUUCUGCACGUUGUAAAAUUUGCAAAACAGAUUUCUAUGACGCAGGAAACACAACUGGACCGACUUGUCUUCCAUGCCCAACAAAUUGUUUAGUGUGUACUAAUUUAAAAGGUUGUGAACGAUGUGUUGAUGGGUAUUAUCUGAAUGGCACUACUUGUACAAAAUGUGAUCCAACUUGCAGUCAAAGUUGUCUCAAUAAAACUGGUGCUUGUUUAACAUGCAAUGAAAAUUAUGUCAAGAGUCUAACAAAUUCCAGUCAAUGCGUAUCAUGUUCUUCAUUUGAUAUAAAUUGCGAAAGUUGUAUUCAAAAUGAAAGAAGUUGUUAUAAAUGUAAUAGAAAUUAUUAUCCUGGAAUAGAUGGGAAAUGUGUUUUAUGCCACAGCUCUUGUGUAACAGGAGAGUGCAAUACAGUGAAUGGAAAAUGCAACACAUGUGCAAAUAAUUAUACAAAAUAUAUUUUAGAACAAAUUGAAUGUCAAAAGUGUCAAGAAUUUGACAACAAUUGUAACACAUGUUCAGUAACUACAAGAAAAUGUAUUAAAUGUAAAAUUGGGUUCAGACCCGAUAUUUAUUAUCCUAAUAACUGUAUUCCUUGUAAUGAAACAUGUUUAAAUAAAUGUGAUACCAAAAACGGAGCUUGCACUUCUUGUAUUACUGGGUAUGUACUGACGACAGUUUCUUCUUCAAAUGCAUGUGAAUUGUGUGAAAAUUUUGAUCAGAAUUGUGAAACAUGUGAAGACAAUGGAAUAAGAAUAUGCAAAAUAUGUAAAACUGGAUUUCGUAUUAAUCCAUCAACAGGAAUGUGCAUAAAUUGUGACUCAUAUUGUACUCAAUGUAUUUCUUCAACAGGUAUUUGUACCAGAUGUUCCGAUGGGUACACACCCAAAUUAACACUUUCAACGUCUUGUGAACUCUGUACAUCAAUAGAAAGAUGUUUAACAUGCUCUACAACUGAAAGAAAAUGUAUUACUUGUUCAAGUGGUUAUUACGUUUUGAAUGGGUUUUGCAAAGCUUGUUCUGCUACAUGUGGUGGUAUGUGUGAUCCCAUAACAGGUGAUUGUACUGGGUGUAUUUCAAAUUACGUUUUUUCAAAGACUGAUUCUAAAAUUUGUGAGACUUGUGGUGACUAUAGUAAAGAGUGUGUAACAUGUUCAACUGAUUUCCAAAGGAAAUGUGUCACUUGUUCAACUGAAUAUUAUCCAGACGCAGAUGGAAAUUGUGUUACUUGUUCGCCAACGUGUAUUUGUGAUUCGACUACGGGAUUCUGCACUUCUUGUCAACCAAAUUACGUUUUACAAAAUCAAAAAUCAAGAACAUGUGAACUAUGUUCAUCAUUUGAUCCAAAUUGUCAAACGUGCAGCAGUGAUUCGUCAAGAAGAUGUGUUACUUGUAAUUCGGGUUGUUAUAUAAACACUAAUUAUUAUUGUGUAUCGUGUGAUUCAACGUGUGGUGGAAAGUGUCAGAACACGACUGGGUAUUGCACUGGAUGUAUUGAGAAUUAUGUAUUAACAACAACAUCUUCGACUAUUUGUCUACCAUGUUCUACUUUUGAUAAUAAUUGUUUACAAUGUGCCUCUGAUUAUUCAAGAAAGUGUACAAAAUGUGGUGUUAGUAAUAUGUAUCCAGAUGAAAGAACAUUUAUAUGUAAAACAUGUGAUUCAACUUGUAAUGGAGGAUGCGACCAAUCCACUGGAAUAUGCACCACUUGCUUGCAAAAUUACGUAUUUACAGAACCUCAAAGCAAAAGUUGUGUUAGUUGUAACACUUUUGAUCCAAAUUGUCUUAAGUGCAAUUCUAACUUUAAUAGAAGGUGUUCUGUUUGUAAAACAUCUUAUUACCCAAAUUCAAAUGGUAUUUGUAUUUUAUGUUCUUUAAACUGUACUUAUUGUAAUCAAUCAAAUGGAAUAUGUACUCAAUGCAAACAAAAUUACGUAUUUAAAACUACAAACAGUGCAGAGUGUGUUUAUUGUAAAGACUUUGAUGCAAAUUGCAAAAGUUGUUUUAUAAACUCCGAUAGAUUAUGUUAUGAAUGUGAGUCUGGAUAUUAUCCAGGAAUUAAUAAAAUAUGUACCAAAUGUGAUGAUACAUGUGGUGGAAAAUGCAAUGCAAUGACUGGAUAUUGUACUGGAUGUAAUACGGGGUAUGUCCCAAUUAAUUCGGUAUCUUUAACAUGUCAAAGUUGUUCAACAUUUGAUUCAAAUUGUUUAGAAUGCACAACCGACUUCAAACAAAUUUGCAAAACAUGUUCAAGUGGCAAAUAUCCAUCUUCGUCUGGUACAUGUCAAGAGUGUGAUAAAUCAUGUGGUGGACAGUGUAAUGGCACAACAGGGAUAUGCACAGGAUGUCUCGAUAAUUAUGUUUUUUAUGAUGAUAAAACAGUGACUUGUCAGUCAUGUUCACUCUUUUAUAACAAGUGUUUAAAAUGCGCAACAGAUUACUCGAGAAAAUGUAUAGAAUGUCAACCAAAUAAUUACUUAUCCAAUAAUAUAUGUCUUCCUUGCGACUCCACUUGUAAAAGUUGUGAUGGGAAAACUGGCCAAUGCACAAGUUGUAAUCAAAAUCAUGUUUACUCUGGCAAUAAAAUGUCAUGUGUACCAUGUUCGACUUAUGACACAAAUUGUCUCACUUGUAGUACUUCUUUUGAAAAGAUAUGCACAACAUGUAUUAAUAAUAAAUACCCCGAUAAAAUAACAGGACAAUGUAUCGCAUGUUCUAUAGGUUGUCAAUUCUGUGACGGGACAACCGGAAAUUGUACAAGAUGUGGAGAUAAUUUUGUAAAUGAUGAAUCAACAAGUAAUGGUUGUGUAAGUUGCUUCGAUUUUGAUAACAAUUGUGUGAGAUGUGCAUCAGAUAAAUCAAGAAAAUGUGAAAAAUGUACAACAAAGUAUUAUCCAUCAAAUAAUUAUCCUUUUAAAUGUAUUAAUUGUUCUAGUACAUGUGGUGGUAUGUGUGAUCCAACGACAGGUGAUUGUACCGGAUGUAUUUCAAAUUAUGUAUUUUCAGACACUGAUUUAAAAAUUUGUGAAAGUUGUACAAACUAUAGUAAAGAGUGUGUAACAUGUUCAACUGAUUUCCAAAGGAAAUGUAUCACUUGUUCAACUGGAUAUUAUCCAGACGCAGAUGGAAAUUGUGUUACUUGUUCGCCAACGUGUAUUUGUGAUUCGACUACGGGAUUCUGCACUUCAUGUAAAUCAAAUUACGUUCAUUCAACAAGUGACCAAAAAGUAUGUGAAACGUGCGCAUCAUUUGACCCAAACUGCAUAACUUGCAGCAGUGAUUCGUCAAGAAGAUGUGUUACUUGUAAUUCCGGUUUUUACCCAAAACAAUACGGGGAUUUUAAAUGCCAAAAAUGUGAUACUUCUUGUAAAACCUGUAGUAGUACAACUGGUUAUUGUUCGGAAUGUGCAACAAAUCAAUACACAUUAAACAAUGAUAGCUCUAUAUCAUGUGAUUUGUGUUCUUCUUAUGAUUCCAACUGUUCGACAUGUUCAACGACUCAAAGGGGAUGUUCUGUUUGUAAAGAAAAUAAUUACUUGGAUAUUAAAACAAAGCAUUGCUCGGUCUGUGACAAUUCCUGCAAUUAUAAAUGUAACAAAGAAAACGGGAUUUGUGAUGAAUGCAUCACUAAUUACGUUUUUACUGAACCCAACAGUAAAAUAUGUAUUUCUUGUAAUACUUUUGAUGUUAAUUGUAAAACUUGUUCCGCUGAUUUCGCACGAAAAUGCAUUGAAUGCUCAAGUGGGUAUUAUCCCAAUCUAACUGGCCGUUGUGUCCAAUGCAGCACAAUUAACUUUUAUUGUAAUUCUUGUGAUUCAAAAAAACAACAAUGUUUAGAUUGUAUAAAUCCGUAUUAUUUAAAAUCAGAAAAUUCUUGUUUAAAAUGUCCAGAAGGUACUUAUAAAAACACCACAACUUCAUGUAAAAAUUGUUUUGAAAAAAUUCCAAAUUGUAGGACAUGUGAAGGUUCCGAAAUACAAACUAGGUGUACAUCGUGUUAUGCUCCUUAUACAAUUAAUACUCGAGGAAACUGUGUUUUAUGUAAUUAUCCAAAUUAUUAUAUACAGUCAUCAAACACCAAUGGUAGUUGUGAAAUGAUGACUGAAAACUGUGAUAUACAAAUUAAUAUAAAUAUGUGUGUCAAAUGCAAAAGUGGGUCUUUCCUUUCUGAAUACAAAUGUAAAAAUACUACUAAUUGUACAUCUUCAAAUAUACUUUCACUGAAUUCUUGUGACUGUGUUGACCAAAUCUCUAUUAAUUCAGAUUGUUGUAAAACUAUACCAAAUUGUAAAUAUUUAAAAAUAGUAAAAAGUAAAGAACAAUGUUUAAACUGUAAUGACAAUUACAUACUCACAACAGAUCAAAUGUGUACAACUAAAGUAACAUCUGGGAUAUAUAGAAAUGGUGUGUAUUAUCAAUGUAAAAACAUAGAAUAUUUAAAUUAUUUUAAUUCGUGUACUACAUGUGGUGGUGCCACUUCGGUUUGUGUAGAAAAUAAUAACAAAAUUAAUUACCUCAAUUGUGCCAACAAAGAAAUUUUGGAUGUUGAAAAGGCACUUUGUAUAACUGAUAUAAAUUGCACAACAGUAACAACUAAUUUUUGUAGUAAAUGUAUAGAAAUUAAUAGUUUGUAUCAUGGUAUUUGUGUAUCUUGUCAAACAAAAUUCUGUUCUAUUUGUUACUCAUCAAAUGCAAACGAAAAGUGUAUGAAAUGUAUGAAAGAUUAUUUAAUGAUAUCAAACAAUUGGUGUAUUCACCAAACUAAUGUUGGUUGUAUACGAUCGACCAGUGUUGGUUGUAUACAAUGUAAGAAUGAAUAUUAUCAAGUAGAUACAACAAACACUGAAAAUAAAUAUGACUUUUGUCUUCCUAUAUCAACUCUUAAUAUUAAUAAUUGUAAACAUGUCCAAUCUUCUUUGUUAAAAUGUGUUGAAUGUUUAGAUUCUUAUAAAUUAAAAAAUGGAAUUUGUGCAGAAAAUUUUGAACAAGACGAUAUCAAUGAAACAAGUUUUAAUCAAAAAUAUCAAUUUGAAUAUUUCCACACAAAUUAUAAAAAUCAAAUUAAAAGUAGUAUUGAAACGAUAUGUGUUGAUAGAACAAAUAAAGGAUGCAUACACUGUUUGAAUGGGUUUUAUUAUAAUCAUAUUAAUACAAAUGACAUUUCUGGUGUUGAAAGCGAGUGUGUGCCAUGUGUUAAUAACUGCAAAACGUGUUAUAACUCAACUCUUUGUACUUCAUGUCUUAAAGGUUAUUAUUUAAAUUCUUUGAUGGAGUGUCAAAGUCUCGGUGAACUUUCUGUAAAAUGCAAUUUGACACUUCCAACGGGAGGGGGCUGUGCCAUUUGUAAUGAUGGGUAUUACAAGUUUAAUUCAGAUUGUAAAAAUUGUGAUAAGUCGUGUUUAACAUGUUUCGAUGCAACAUCAUGUCUUUCAUGUAACACAAAUUAUUAUAGACUUUCAACAACUCAAAAGUUGUGUCUUCCAUUUUCAGAAAUGUUAAAUUGUGAAAACAAAACAGAAAUUGGCUGUUCUAGAUGUUUAUCUGAAUAUUAUGAAUUGAACCACAUUUGUUACAAAUGUAUUGAUAAUUGUAUUUCAUGUGAAGAUGCUAAUAGUUGCGAAAAAUGCAAAGAAAAAGAUUACGUUUUAUUAAAUAAAAAAUGUGUGCAUUAUACAGAGAUAGAACACUGUCUCUCUGCAUCUCAUUCGAAGUGUACAACAUGUGAUAGAAAUAAGAAGAUAUCUGAUGAUGGAGUUACGUGUCUGGAUUCAGUCAAUUAUGGAGUUAUUGUUGGUGUGCCAAUUACUAUUAUAAUUGUGUUAAUAAUAGUUAUUACUGUUGGUAUUAUCAUAACCAUAUUUUUUAUAAUUCGACACAAAGAGAAAAUUGAGACUUUAAAUAUUUGUGUCUUCCAAAUGAAUCGUUCGAAUAUUGUAAUGUCAAGUAUAAAUAAAAAUAUAUGUUGUAACAAAAAGACAUUAAGGUUUAAUUUGGAUAGUGAUGAUUUACUACCAGUUGAUGAAGAGACAAGAGACUUGAUUUGUAUUGGAAACACUUCGAAACAUGAAAUGAAAAUUCAAUUCAGUGUUGUAGAAGGAUGUGAUUACUAUGACAUUCGGACUGUACCAAACAUUAUAACAUUGAAGCGAGGGUUUGCGUGUGAAUUUGAGUUGUUUAUAAAACCAUUGUGUUCAUGUCAAAUGAAAGAAGAGAUUCGUGUUAUUGGUUUGGACCUUCAGACGUGCAAAGAGUACAUAGAAAAUAUUCACAUUGAAUGUGCAACACAAAAUACAACAAAAUUGAAUUACAGAGAGUUACAAGAAACAAAGCAAAUUGGUGAAGGGUCGUUUGGAGUUGUUAUGAUAGGUACUUUCAGAGAUAACAAAGUUGCUAUUAAGAAGAUGAAAAGUGUUAAUAAAACACCUGAACAACUCAAAGAGUUUGAAAAGGAAGUUUCCAUGUUAGACAAAUUUAGAAAUGAGUAUAUCAUCCAUUUCUAUGGAGCUUGUUUUAUAACCAAUCACAUAUGUAUGGUCACCGAAUUUGCUCAAUAUGGAUCUUUACAAGACUUAAUUAAAAAGAAAAGUAAAAACGAAAUCAAUUUAAAAAUGAGAGUUAAACUUAUAUUAGAUGCUUCAAAAGGACUUUUAUAUUUACACGAAAAUGGUGUAUUACAUAGAGAUAUCAAACCUGAUAAUAUUCUGGUCUUAAAUUUGGAUUAUACACAGAAAGUUAGUGGUAAAUUGACUGAUUUUGGGUCAUCACGAAAUAUUAACAUGAUGAUGACAAACAUGACAUUCACUAAAGGAAUUGGAACACCUAAAUAUAUGGCACAAGAAGUUUUAAACAAAGAACAUUACAAAAAACCAGCGGAUGUGUUCUCUCUAGCCGUGUCAUUAUUUGAGUGUCUGAUUUGGGAAGAAAUAUACCCCAAAGAAGAAUUCAAAUUCGCGUGGAGUAUUGCUGAUUUUAUCACAAGUGGAAAAAGAAUAGUAAAACCACUUAACAUGGAUGAAAGUAUUUAUAAUGUCAUUUCUAAAAUGUGGGCUGUUAUACCACAAGAAAGACCAACUAUGGAUUUAUGUGUGGAAUUUAUAGAAAGAUAUUUUAAUAACAUUUAA